AUGAUAGUAAGAACAUUUCUUGGGAGGGAGCAACUCCUUGUUAAUCCAAAUUCAUUGGCCCAACGCCCAAGCAAUGGAUACUUUGAACGCCAAGAAAGACAACCUUCUGUUUCUUGGUUCUUUUAUAAAUUUCUGGUGGGAUGGAGCCAGGAAAGUAUAAUGGCCCCUGGAUUUCACCCUAAUAGUCCGUCUUCUGUCUUUUUUAGCAGAAAAAGCCACAGAAGAGACGAUUAA